AUGUUUCGUAAUAAGUUGCCUGUCUUCGGCUUCAUAGAAUUUGGAACUGUCUCUCUCACUCGAACACUUCUACUCCGGAAGAAGAGUGAAAGGCUGGCCACCAAACAAAUAAUAAUUAGCAAUGACCAAAAAUAUCUCAAGGGACCGUCACGUGGCCGUCUUACCGUUCCCUUUCUCCAGCCACGCCGGCCGCCUCCUCACCCUCGUCCGCCGCCUCGCCGCCGCCGCCCCCAACGUCACUUUCUCCUUCUACAGCACCGCUAAAUCCAUCGAGUCCUUGUUCUCGCCGGCGGAGAGAGUCCCCGGCAACGUGAGGCCGUACGCGGUGCCGGACGGGGUGCCGGAGGGGCAUGUGUUCUCCGGGGAGCCCGUGGAGCACAUUAACUUGUACCUUACGGCGGUGGGGGAGGGGGAGAGCCUCAGGGGAGUGUUGAAGGCGGCCGAGGUGGAGACAGGGCGGAGGAUCGGGUGUGUUAUGUCAGAUGCGUUUAUGUGGUUCGCCGGCGAUUUGGCGGAGGAGAUGGGGGUCCCGUGGGUCCCGCUCAUGACCGGGGGUGCUAACUCUAUCACUGCGCAUUUUUACACCGAUCUGAUCAGGGAAACUGUUGGAAUGCAUGACAUUGUUGGCAGGGGCAACGACAUUGUGAAAUUUAUCCCAGGAUUCUCGGAGCUACGCCUCGGGGACUUGCCUACGGGAGUCCUGUUCGGGAACUUGGAAUCUCCGUUCGCAAUCAUGCUACACAAAAUGGGGCGGGCUCUGCCCAAAGCAACGGCCAUUGCUAUCAACUCCUUCGAAGAACUAGACCCUGAUAUCAUCCAAGAUCUCAAGUCCAAGUUUAAAAUGAUUCUCAACGUCAGCCCAUUUAGCGCAAUAUCGUUGCCUUCAUCACCGCCGCCGCCGCCCUCCUCGUACACGGAUGAGUACGGAUGCAUCCCGUGGUUGGACAACUGCAAAGCCGCCUCGGUCGCCUAUAUCGGCUUUGGAACUUUAGCUACACCACCACCGGUUGAGAUUGCGGCAUUAGCUGAAGCAUUAGAAGCUAGCGGCACUCCGUUUCUCUGGUCUCUGAAAGAUAAUUUCAAAAAGUUUUUCCCGGAAGGAUUCAUUAAGAGAACUGGCGAGCGAGGGAAAAUCGUGCCGUGGGCACCUCAGGAACAAGUUCUGGCACAUGGUUCUGUAGGAGUCUUCGUGACUCACUGCGGGUGGAACUCGGCACUGGAGAGCGUCGUGGCGGGUGUGCCGCUUAUAGGGAGGCCGUUCUUCGGCGAUCAUCAGCUAAACGCGUGGAUGGUGGAAAACGUGUGGAAAAUUGGUGUGAGGGUGGAGGGGGGAGUUUUCACAAAGAGUGGCACAAUGUCUGCCCUUGAACUGGUUUUGACUCAUGAAAAGGGGAAGGAACUGAGGGCGCGAGUUGAAAUGUUUAAAAAGCUUGCGUUGAAGGCUAUCGGACCCGAAGGGAGCUCAACUCGCAAUCUCCAUACUUUGUUGGAGAUAGUAGCAGGGUACAAUCUUUAGAAAUGCUAAUUCGCCGGCGAAUAAAGAUGGGUGUAAUCUGAACAUCAAAUGCGUGUGUCUCCGUAUGUGGUACUCGUUAUAAAAUGGGUGAACGUUGCCCACCUUCCUAUUGGUUACUACUCACUCAUGAAACUUUCCUUUGUUAUAAACUAUGAUUGAAUUUUAAAGAUAAAUCCAAACAUUUACUUAUUUA